GCGCUGUCAUUAGCUGUGGGCAAAAAAAAAACCAACGCGUUCGCUUCUCUUUUGGAAUUUAUGUUACUGUAACAAGGCUCGCUUUUGUGUUUCACUCGGAAAAACUUUAAGAUUUUGGAUACAAUCAUGUCAACAAUGCGUUAAUUGAGAUAAUAAUAGCAGUAAUUGCGUGAUCAAUGUUAUUUUACGGGAAGAAUAAGCCUUAUUACGGAUCAAUAUCCCGCCCUCUGAAAUGUCCCCGUAGCGUCACUACUCACUGCAAAUGGAUACAAAGUCUGGCGUCGGAAUUACUGACCACUGGAUAAAAAGUAUGAUGGAGCCGGCCGGCAGCGACAAACAAGUACAGAUCGACAAUAGAUCAUCAGUAAAACGCGAAAAAAUGGCAGACGCUUAUAACGGGCAAGAUAACAACAUAAGUUACGAGAUGAAACAGCCGAACGAGGGAAGGUACCGAUGCAACGUGUGCGAUCUCGCCUUCGAAGGUAUGGAGUUUUUGAUGUUGCACAAAAAGUUCCACGGGAACGAUAAAGACGCGCCGACGAUGGAGCCCGAACCUCCAGUGGCAAAAGAGGGCCCGAAGAAGCGUAGGAAGUUCAAAUGCGACCAGUGCGACGUGAAAGUCAACUCGCAGUACCACCUCGACAUUCACCGCAGCAAGCAUGAGGGUAAUGCUUCCAAAAAGUUCAUUUGCCAAGUAUGCGACCGUAGUUUCGUCGCCGCACAGUUCCUAAAAAGCCAUAUGCAGUCUCACUCUUCCACAAGCACAAUAAACUGUGAGAUUUGUAAUAAAAAUUUCACAGGCCAGGCAUACUUGAAACUUCACAUGCAGCUACACAACGAUAUAAAGAAAUUCAAGUGUUCAAAAUGUGAUGAGAUGUUUCCGACCAAGAAUUGUUUGAAGAUUCACAUGAAAAAACACACUAAGGUCAAGAAUUUUAAAUGUGACUGUUGCCAUAAGUUGUUUGUUUCGAAAAUAACUAUGGAGAAGCAUCGUCAGACUCAUGAAGGGCAGCCAAUGGAUUGUCACGUAAAAUGUACUCAAUGUGAUAGGACAAUGCAUUCUUCGUUGGUUCGAACUCAUAUUGCUAGAGCACAUCCAUCGACAAUGGAUGACGACGUUAAGAGACCACACAAAUGUAUGACGUGUGGUAAAAGUUUUAUUGUUAAAAUCAAUCUCAAUUUACACAUCAGGGUGUGUCAUCCCGACCUAGCGGAGCCUGAGGAUGAGGAUGAGGAUGUCAUGACGGACAAUUCUUAGUAAUAGGCUUAGCUAUACAUAUAUCAUGUAAUAUUAUUAAUAAAUAAUUAUACUUUUUUAUGCUAACAUUA